AUGCACCGCACCUCGUUCGUGUCCCGCUCGACGCUCUUCGCGCUCGCAUUCGCGAUCAUCGCCUUGCUCGGGCUCGCGGCGAGCCCUGCGCAAGCGCAGGAGACGACCCUGACGCAGGAGGACAACGGCCAAGUCGUCACGACAAGCAUCCAGCCAACGCUUUGGACGACGGACUCCCAGGUAAUGACGUGGACGCCAAGCACGCCUGCGACGCCCACGCCGAGGUUUUCGACGGGCAGGAUCCUCAAAGUCGCAGAAUACAUCACGACGCAGUCGACGGGCACGGUGGGAAUGGACCCGACGGGCCUGCCGCCGAUCAAGGCAGCGUAUGCGGCGUCGGGAGGAGGACCGUGCGUCCAGCUCGGCUCGGCUGCAGCAGUCGCGGUCGCGAUGGGAGCGAGCGGUGCCCUGUGGGUCUUGUUCUGAUCCGCGUGUAGCGACCCUGUUUAUAGAGAACAAGCCGGCUGGCCGGCCCCAACCCUCUUGAGUCGGGUGCGAGCCAGAGUCGACC